UUUCCAAAACCUCCAUUGUAAUCGUUGCUCAACAAAUAAAUCGAACAGUUAUGGAGAGUAACAUGUUGAAUCUGAUUAAGGUGUAUCCCUUAGUCAUCAUAUCCUUAUAUUACUGUUAUUGGAUUCGUACAUUUGUUCAACCAGGAACAAAAAGACUUACUUGUUUUCUUCCUAUUAUUUGUCUCAAUCUCUUCAUUCCUCUCACUUUUUCCUCUGUUCACUUAACAGGAACCUUAGGAUUCUUCUUCGCAUGGCUUACAAACUUCAAACUCUUAUGUUUUGCUUUCAAUAAAGGCCCUUUAUCGUCUGAUUCUUCAAUCUCUCUCCCACUUUUUCUAGCUCUUGCAUGCCUUCCCAUCAAGAUCCAACAAAAAAAAUAUUCCCAUGAUCAAAAUGGAAAAACCAAAACCCCAUCUCAAGAUCUUUUAGAUUCAUCCAAAAGUUCUAAUUUUGAAACUAAAAAAAGUUCAAAAACACUAUUUAAAAGUACCCCAUUUCUACAAUAUGCCAUAAAGGGUAUUCUUUUGGGAGUUUUGGUAAAAAUCUAUGAUUAUAGUGAUUAUAUUCACCCAAAAAUCAUAUGGGGUAUGUAUUGUUUCCACGUUUAUUUUACGUUGGAAAUAAUGUUAGCAACUAUUGCAUUACUUGCUCAAAAGACUUUAGGAUUGGAAUUGGAACCACAGUUCAAUAAUCCAAUAAUCUCAACUUCACUACAAGAUUUUUGGGGAAGGAGAUGGAACCUUAUCGUAACAAGCAUCCUACGACCAACAGUGUACGAACCAACGCUGAAAGCAGCGAAGAACGUUAUUGGUCCAAAGUGGGCCCCACUACCUGCCGUGUUGGGAACGUUUGUGGUGUCCGGGUUGAUGCAUGAGUUGAUACUGUUUUACUUGGGGAGGUUGGAACCAACGUUUAAGAUGAUGGGGUUCUUUGUUUUGCAUGGAGUUUGUUUGACGGUGGAGAUUGGUUUGAAGAAGUUUGUUACUGACAGGUGGCGGUUGCCGAAGUUGGUUUCACGACCGUUGACCGUUGGAUUUGUUUUUGCAACGUGUUUUUGGUUGUUCCUUCCUGAGUUUAUUAGGUGUCGUCUUGAUGUUAAGGCGUUUGAAGAGUACGCUGCUUUAGGCGCGUAUGUAAGAAAUCUCACUUCCGUCUUCUGAUAUACUUUUUGUUAAUCAAGAAAGAAUCUCACUUGCAGGUGUUUUGCCAAUCUUGUUUAGGAAAAAGAAUAUCCAUCAAUCUCUAUUAAACGUUUGAUUUGUAAGAUUUACUUGUAUACUAUUAUUUUUCUACGCUAACAAGUGUCUUCUAAUACACUUUGUUAAGCAAAUAAAUAAAAUUGAAGGAAAAAUUUUAUAUUUAAA